UGGGCUACUACGUCGGUUGCUUCCGUGCACAAUGACUUUCAACGUGCUCAAGUCAGAGAAGCGCACAUUGGUAGGGAAACCUGAGUGGGUAGCUAACGGUUAGCUAGCUAGUCCACGCAGAAAUUCGACUUGAGGACUGGGAAGUGUCGAAUUCUCUGAACCCUGCGGUUAGCUUGAUUUCGAUAUACGAUUAUGAAAUAACUUUGACUUUUGGCAACACAAGUGUAUCGAUAUUGGAGUGAGCAGUAAUGAGGCAGGAGGAUUGAAGGAGGUAGCAGGUGUCCUGGUGGUGCAUUGGGAGACAGCAGUCAGGAGGAGGACAGGAUGCUGGAGGUAGAGGAGGCAGGCCCAACGGGGGCUGAAGGAGAUGAGGAGAUGGAGGGCAGUGACCUGAGAGUGGAGGUGGUGAGGCUGAAUUUGGAGCUCCAGGAGGCCAACGAGGAGAAACUGCAGGCGGCCCGGUAUGGCCUGGUGGUGCUAGAGGAGAGCGCCGAACUGAAGAAGCAGCACACCCAGCUGGAGGAGGAGCACGAGACUCUCAAACAGGAGCUGCAGCAGCUUAAAGAGGCUCUGUCAGACUCUGUGACCUGCCACAAGCGGGCAACAGCAUAUGGGGAGACCCGGGAGGAGUGCCUGUUGGAGGAGACUGCCAGCAAGGAGGCUGCCAUGGCAACCAGCAUGGCUGAGUUGCAGGCCGAGUUACGGCAGGUGCGCCUCGCUCUGGGCAACGCUCACGCUGAGAUAGACCGACAGGCCGGCCUCUCCUCCCAGCUGAAGAAGGAGUGUGAGUGUUCGGAGCUGGAGAAGGGCCACAUGAUGAAUGAGAUGAAGGAGUAUAAAGUGCGGGAGCUCCGGCAGCUCCAGGACAACAGUGAGCUGGAGGAGGAGAACACCUGUCUGCAGAAACAGGUGUCUGUACUCAAGGAGAACCAGGUGGAGUUCGAGGCGGUGAAGUUGGAGCUCACCCACAAGGAGGAGCAAGACGACGUUCUCCGGGCCCAGCUGGAGGAGGCGGCGCAGCUAAGGGAGAUCGCCGAGCGUCAGCUGGAUGAGGCCCUGGAGGCCCUCAAGGAGGAGAGGGAGCAGAAGAACACCCUGAGGAGGGAGCUCUCGGCCCUAGCCCUCAACCCCUUCGACUCGGUCACACACCUGGAGAUGCAGCUGGAUGACAGUGGAGGGGGCCGGGAGCACCAAAAGGAUAGCGGUUGCAACGACGGCCCGGGGUCUGGUUGCGCUCCUCCUAACCCCAAGGCUAAUGAGCAUGUCCAGCGCUUCUCCACCCCCAGGAACAGUGACGUGUUCCUGAGGCCUGCCCCUGGCCUGGUGUCUGACCUGCUCAGUGAGUUGCACCUCUCUGACGGACAGAAACUCAAACAGCAACUCAUGCAGGCUGAGAGGGAUAAGACUGGUCUGGCCAACACGGUCCAGGACCUCCAGAGGCAGUUGGAGCUGUCCCAGCAGGCCUUCAGUGAGCAGGAAGACAAUGUGGGCUCCCUGACCCAGCAGCUGGAGGCCGUGCAGCUGCAGAAACACAUCCUGCCCCAGGGGAAGGCAGCGGGCGACCAGGGGGACGGGAGCACCAGGACCCUGGAGAACAGGGCGAAUGACUAUGACUAUGAGCUGGAUGUGAAGAGCACAGAGGUGCUGGAGGCCCGGAUGAAGGAGGCCGGCGAGGAGCUGCUGAAGCUGCGUGGGGAGCUGUCCCAGGCUGGGAAACGUUACUCAGCCCUGGAGCAGAGCUGCCGGCAGGAGAAGGAGCGGUGGAGGGGAGAGGCCCAUGAGCUGGCUGAGAAGAUCCGCCAGUGCAUCAAGUCCAGCCGGCAGGACCAGGAGCGCAUCAGUGAGCUGGAGAAGGAGAUCGGAGCGACGAGGAAAGUGGCUACUGAUUCUGAGGGUCAUCUCAGCAUGGCACAGGAGGAGCUGCUGGCCUUCUCUGAGGAGCUGGCCAACCUCUACCACCACAUCUGUGUGUGCAACAACCUCACGCCCAAACGCGUCACCCUGGACUACUACCGUGACGGGGCCAGGGGCCAGUCAGGGGGGAGUGGAGGGAAGUCCAACCACCUGCACCCCCAUCCCCAUCAUGGACGUAACAAGCGACGCUCCAAUGAGUUGUUUGCGAAAGCAGUGCAUGGAGGGGAUGGAGACAGCAGGCCUGGUACUCCCCAGGAUUCCUGUGACAACUCCCCCACACCACGCUGCUCCUCCCCCGCCCCAGUCUGCCCCAGCUCCCCCACCAUGGACUUCAGGGACCCCUCCAACGUCCGCAACCUGGUGGCUGUCAUCCGCUGCCAGAUCAAACACCUCCAGGUGGCGGUGGACCUGUGUCGCCAGAGGGGUACGUUGCCCUAUUCGGGAGGGAUCAGCUGUGGAGGGGAGCUGGAAAGCGAGGCCCUCAUGGAGGAGGUGCUGAAGCUCAAGUCUCUCCUCAGCACCAAGAGAGAGCAGAUCGCCACGCUGAGGACGGUCCUCAAAGCCAACAAACAGACAGCAGAGUUGGCUCUGAGCAACCUGAAGACCAAGUACGAGACAGAGAAGAGCAUGGUGUCUGAGACCAUGGUGAAGCUGAGGAACGAGCUUAAGGCCCUGAAGGAGGACGCUGCCACCUUCUCUUCACUGAGGGUCAUGUUCACCAGCAGGUGUGACCAGUAUGUCACCCAGCUGGAUGAGAUGCAGAGGCAGCUAGCGGUGGCUGAGGAUGAGAAGAAGACCCUGAACUCCCUGCUCCGCAUGGCCAUCCAGCAGAAGCUGGCCCUGACCCAGCGUCUGGAGGACCUGGAGGCCCCUCUGUCCCCCCACAGCCUCGGCAGCAGCCCCCGCCGCGCCAGGGCCAAGGAGCUAGGCAACAAGACGGGCCGGAGCCCCCGCCGCAACAGCCCCCGCUCCAGCCCGGUCCUCACCAACAACGUGCCCAGCACCGCCACCCAUCACCUCCGAGCCCUCACCCGCAGCUUCCACACCAGCCCUCGGUGAAACCAGUCAGCCAUCAUGAUCACCCCAAUCCCCUGUAUUCUCCAUGUCGACCUCCUGAAACAAACGCCUUCCCUCCUGAAGUCAUCAUUCCUCCCAAGACAUCCUCUUCAUCCCAGACCUUCUCUUACUCUGCUCAUCAGACCCAGUGGACUGGCUGCUCCUAACACAUCUCCCCACCUUCUGUAUCGACCAAAGAUGCCUACCUGCAUGCAACCAGUAAAGGAGUGUAAAAGAAGCAAAAGAAGCUCAUUUUAUUUAUAUUUUUAUGAACUAAAGGACUGUUUUCCUGACCGGCACAGUAUUAUCUACCCUUUAUUUUUCCUGCUGUUGACGUGUAUGUAUGCAAGGUUAUAUAUUCCACUUUUAUGCUGCUGCAUGUCUUUUGACACUAGUGAAGACUUUUAGCCUAGCAACAUGACAAAGCCUGUCUGGAAAUGGGCUUCUCCCAGUGGUGUCAGACCGCAUCCCCGUUAGACAACUGCUGCUUAGCCUGACCACUAUCCCUAUAUUAGUGCACUACUUUUGACCAGGGCUCAUAGGGAUUUGGUCAAAAGUAGGGCAGUAGGUAGGGAAUAGUGUGCCAUUUCGGACGUGCCCCAUAUCAACACAGGUUUCAUGGGCAUUCCCCCCCCAGUCUUGUCUCGCUCUUGUCUUGAUGUUUAUUUAUUCCUCUAGCUCUUUGCAUUUUCUACCGGCUAUAACUGUUAAAUCCUUGUCUUUAUUCUUUGACGUACCUCACUGUUCGGCUUCGGCCUACCAGCCAUGCCCUUCAGUCAGGAGAUCAAUACCACUGAUUGGAAAUUACAAAGCCAUAGUCUCAGGACUCAAGGUUAAUAUCACAGUUGAAUUAACUAGCUCAGAAAAAGAUUUGGCGAUAUGUGAUUAGCAUGCUUCAUUCCAAGCUAUGCACGUAGUUCAGCAGAGCCUGUGUAUCACUCUGAGACUGAAGACCCUGCAGACAUCUUGUUCUUCAGGACCUCGUGAGGCUGAUGGUUCCAUACAAAUGUAAUUAUUACUACUUCAUUCUAAUUGUAUUGGAUGGUUCUUCUCUCUCCUGGCAGCAGAGCUGCCGUGGUCUUGGGUCUUCUUCUACAGGUGCCCUUCAGGACCACACUGCCAGCCUCAGUACAGAACCAAUGGGAUAACAGGAUCUGAGCAGCAGAUCUACAUAUGAUCAUAUCUAGUAGCCUAACCUAAAUGUUUUUUGGAGAUGGCCUCUUUUUAUGUUAUUUAAAUAUUCUAAAAAUGUCUGAGGUCAACUCUGUACAAUUGUGUUUAGUGAAGGUCAAUACAUGAUGCUAAUUGGUGGUUCUAAUUUUUGAAAUAGUGCCUUGGUUUUUCUCCUCUGCCUCCGGUCAGCUGAUUUUAGGCGAAGUCUUUUUAAAGAUGAACAGUAUUAUUCAACACGUGAUGUGUAUUUUAUUUAUAUGAUAAUGGAGCUUUUAUUUGUUUGCUUUUGAGGAAACUAAUAGGCUCUUCUUUUGGUGCAUCAUUGACUAGUAUGAGUUUGUACAUUAUUCUGCACUUUGAGCCCCCUUUUCUCACUCUUUUCACCAAUGUGUUUGUACAUGUAUUGUAAAUGUAACUGAUCAUCAUACAACAUCAAUAUGUAUUAUGUGGACAAUGUAUCUUAUCUGUAAAUUGAUUUUGUGUCGAUACAACCCAAAUGGUGUUCAUACAUUUCUGUGCAUGUAAAGUAAUUUAAUUUUAUUGACCUGUGCACCACUUAUUGUGUGAUGGAGAAUAAAGGAACGCCACUGUCUGUGUA